GCCCCGACGCGGCCUCGCGGCAGCUCCGGACAGCCUGUCAGCCAUCGCCCGAGCAGCCGGCGUCUCCUCCUGCUCAGUGCAGCCGCCUCGGCCUGCACGGGACUCCCCGGGCUGCUGCUGCUGCCGCCGCUGCCACCGCCACCGCCGCCGCCGCCGCCACCGUCACCGCCGCCACCGUCACCGCCGCCACCGCUGCCACCCUGAGUUCUUUCUGGAGGUGGAUAUCUUCUUACGUUGUAAGAAUUAUAAGAGCUCUAAGAACCUAUUUUGAUGACAUAAUGGAUGAGCCUUCUCCUGUGGCCAAGCCUCUGGAGCUGAACCAGCGCUCUCGAUUCAUAAUUGGCUCUGUGUCCGAAGAUAACUCUGAGGAUGAGAUCAGCAGUUUGGUGAAACUGGAUCUGCUGGAAGAGAAAGAAGGAUCUUUGUCACCAGCUUCUGUCAGCUCAGAUACUCUCUCUGACCUGGGACUCCCAAGCCUACAAGAUGGCUUGGCCUUACCCAUGAGGUCCAGCAUGUCCGGCCUACACCUGGUAAAACAAGGCCGAGACCGAAAGAAAAUAGACUCCCAGAGAGAUUUCACUGUUGCUUCUCCAGCAGAGUUUGUUACUCGUUUUGGGGGAAAUAAAGUGAUUGAAAAGGUUCUCAUUGCCAACAAUGGCAUUGCUGCAGUGAAAUGCAUGAGAUCUAUCCGUAGGUGGUCUUAUGAGAUGUUUCGAAAUGAACGUGCAAUCCGAUUUGUUGUCAUGGUGACGCCUGAAGAUCUUAAAGCGAAUGCAGAGUACAUUAAGAUGGCAGAUCACUACGUCCCAGUGCCUGGAGGACCUAACAACAAUAACUAUGCAAAUGUGGAACUAAUUCUUGAUAUUGCUAAAAGGAUCCCAGUACAAGCAGUAUGGGCUGGAUGGGGCCAUGCUUCUGAAAACCCUAAGCUUCCCGAACUCCUCUUAAAGAAUGGCAUUGCCUUUAUGGGUCCUCCAAGCCAAGCCAUGUGGGCUCUGGGGGAUAAGAUUGCCUCUUCUAUAGUAGCUCAAACGGCAGGUAUCCCAACUCUUCCCUGGAGUGGCAGUGGUCUUCGUGUGGACUGGCAAGAGAAUGAUUUUUCAAAGCGCAUUUUGAAUGUUCCCCAGGAUCUGUAUGAGAAAGGUUAUGUGAAGGAUGUAGAUGCUGGAUUGCAGGCAGCUGAGGAAGUUGGUUAUCCAGUUAUGAUCAAGGCCUCAGAAGGAGGAGGAGGGAAGGGAAUCAGAAAAGUGAACAAUGCAGAUGACUUCCCUAACCUCUUCAGACAGGUUCAGGCUGAAGUCCCUGGCUCCCCUAUCUUUGUGAUGAGACUGGCCAAACAGUCUCGUCACUUGGAGGUGCAGAUCUUAGCAGAUCAGUAUGGCAAUGCAAUCUCCUUGUUUGGUCGUGACUGCUCUGUGCAGCGAAGACAUCAGAAGAUCAUAGAAGAGGCUCCUGCCACUAUUGCAACUCCAGUGGUAUUUGAGCAUAUGGAACAGUGUGCUGUGAAGCUUGCCAAGAUGGUAGGUUAUGUCAGUGCUGGGACUGUGGAGUACCUCUACAGCCAGGAUGGCAGCUUCUACUUCCUGGAGCUGAAUCCGCGGCUGCAGGUGGAGCAUCCUUGUACGGAGAUGGUGGCUGAUGUCAACCUUCCAGCGGCCCAACUCCAGAUUGCCAUGGGUAUUCCUCUGUACAGAAUUAAAGAUAUCCGAAUGAUGUAUGGGGUCUCACCCUGGGGAGACGUACCAAUUGAUUUUGAAAACUCUGCUCAUGUCCCCUGCCCGAGGGGUCACGUCAUCGCUGCUCGGAUCACUAGUGAGAAUCCUGAUGAGGGUUUUAAGCCCAGCUCAGGAACAGUCCAGGAGUUGAAUUUCCGUAGCAAUAAGAAUGUCUGGGGCUAUUUCAGUGUUGCUGCUGCUGGUGGACUUCAUGAAUUUGCAGAUUCUCAGUUUGGUCACUGCUUCUCCUGGGGAGAAAACCGAGAGGAGGCCAUUUCAAACAUGGUGGUGGCUUUGAAGGAGCUGUCUAUCCGGGGAGACUUCCGGACUACUGUUGAGUACCUGAUCAAGCUGCUGGAGACGGAGAGCUUCCAGCAUAACCGCAUAGACACGGGCUGGCUAGACAGGCUGAUCGCUGAGAAAGUACAGGCAGAGCGUCCUGAUACCAUGUUGGGGGUUGUAUGUGGGGCUCUACAUGUGGCAGAUGUGAGCCUUCGGAACAGUGUCUCCAAUUUCCUUCACUCUUUAGAGAGGGGUCAGGUCCUUCCUGCUCACACACUUCUGAACACAGUUGAUGUUGAGCUUAUCUACGAAGGGGCCAAAUAUGUGCUGAAGGUGACCCGGCAGUCCCCUAACUCAUAUGUGGUGAUCAUGAAUGGCUCCUGUGUGGAGGUGGAUGUGCACCGUCUGAGUGAUGGAGGAUUACUUUUGUCUUAUGAUGGUAGCAGCUAUACAACAUACAUGAAGGAAGAAGUGGAUAGGUACCGUAUCACAAUUGGCAACAAGACCUGUGUAUUUGAGAAGGAGAAUGACCCAUCUGUACUCCGUUCACCUUCUGCUGGAAAAUUGAUCCAGUACAUUGUGGAGGAUGGAGGCCAUGUGUUUGCUGGCCAGUGCUAUGCUGAGAUUGAGGUAAUGAAGAUGGUAAUGACUUUAAUAUCUGUUGAGUCUGGUUGUAUCCACUAUGUCAAGCGGCCUGGAGCAGCUCUUGACCCUGGUUGUGUGAUUGCCAAGUUGCAGCUGGAUAACCCCAGUAAGGUUCAGCAGGCUGAGCUACAUACUGGAAGUUUGCCCAAGAUCCAGAGUACAGCACUCAGAGGCGAGAAGCUUCAUCGAGUCUUCCAUUAUGUCCUGGAUAACCUGGUCAAUGUAAUGAAUGGAUACUGCCUCCCGGACCCUUUCUUUAGCAACAGGGUAAAAGAUUGGGUGGAGAGAUUGAUGAAAACCCUCAGAGACCCUUCCCUACCUCUCCUAGAAUUGCAGGACAUUAUGACCAGUGUUUCUGGCCGGAUACCCCCCAAUGUGGAGAAGUCCAUCAAGAAGGAAAUGGCCCAGUAUGCCAGCAAUAUCACCUCUGUUCUUUGCCAGUUUCCCAGCCAGCAGAUCGCCAACAUCCUAGACAGUCAUGCAGCUACAUUGAACCGGAAGUCUGAACGAGAAGUCUUCUUCAUGAACACUCAGAGCAUUGUGCAGCUGGUCCAGAGGUACCGAAGUGGUAUCAGAGGCCACAUGAAAGCUGUGGUGAUGGAUCUGCUCCGACAGUACCUGCGAGUGGAGACUCAGUUCCAGAAUGGUCACUAUGAUAAGUGUGUCUUCACCCUCCGGGAAGAGAAUAAAAGUGAUAUGAACACUGUGCUGAACUAUAUCUUCUCCCAUGCUCAAGUCACCAAGAAGAACCUUCUGGUCACAAUGCUUAUUGAUCAGUUGUGUGGCCGGGAUCCCACCCUCACUGAUGAGCUGCUGAAUAUCCUUACCGAGCUGACUCAGCUUAGCAAAACCACCAAUGCUAAAGUGGCACUUCGAGCCCGGCAGGUUCUUAUUGCCUCCCAUUUACCAUCCUAUGAACUUCGACAUAACCAAGUAGAAUCUAUUUUCCUAUCGGCUAUUGACAUGUACGGACAUCAGUUUUGCAUUGAGAACCUACAGAAACUUAUCUUGUCUGAAACAUCCAUUUUUGAUGUCCUCCCAAACUUCUUCUACCAUAGCAACCAAGUGGUGAGAAUGGCAGCUCUGGAGGUGUAUGUGCGGAGGGCCUACAUUGCCUAUGAACUCAACAGUGUCCAACAUCGACAACUGAAGGACAAUACCUGUGUGGUAGAGUUCCAGUUCAUGCUGCCCACAUCUCACCCAAACAGAGGGAACAUCCCCACGCUAAACAGAAUGUCCUUCUCCUCCAACCUCAACCACUAUGGCAUGGCUCACGUAGCUAGUGUCAGCGAUGUACUACUGGACAACUCAUUCACUCCACCGUGCCAGAGGAUGGGCGGGAUGGUUUCUUUCCGGACUUUCGAAGACUUUGUCAGAAUUUUUGAUGAAGUAAUGGGCUGUUUCUGUGACUCCCCACCCCAAAGCCCUACAUUCCCUGAGGCGGGCCACACUUCGCUGUAUGAUGAAGAUAAGGCUGCCAGGGAUGAACCCAUUCACAUCCUGAACGUGGCCAUCAAGACUGACUGUGACAUUGAGGAUGACAGACUAGCAGCCAUGUUUAGAGAUUUUACUCAGCAAAAUAAAGCUGCUCUUGUUGAGCAUGGAAUCCGGCGGCUUACUUUCCUGGUUGCACAAAAGGAUUUCAGAAAACAGGUCAACUGUGAGGUGGAUCAAAGAUUUCAUAGAGAGUUUCCUAAAUUUUUCACAUUCCGAGCAAGGGAUAAGUUUGAGGAAGAUCGUAUCUAUCGUCACUUGGAGCCUGCCCUGGCUUUCCAGCUGGAGCUAAACCGAAUGAGGAAUUUUGACCUCACUGCCAUUCCAUGUGCCAACCACAAGAUGCAUUUAUACCUUGGGGCAGCCAAAGUGGAAGUGGGCACUGAAGUGACAGACUAUAGAUUCUUUGUGAGGGCAAUCAUCAGGCAUUCUGAUCUGGUCACCAAGGAAGCCUCUUUUGAGUAUCUGCAGAAUGAGGGGGAACGUCUGCUCCUGGAAGCCAUGGAUGAGUUGGAGGUUGCUUUUAACAAUACCAACGUCCGAACUGAUUGCAACCAUAUCUUCCUCAACUUUGUGCCCACGGUCAUCAUGGACCCAUCAAAGAUUGAGGAAUCUGUGAGGAGCAUGGUGAUGCGCUAUGGAAGCCGGCUGUGGAAACUCCGAGUCCUCCAAGCAGAGUUGAAAAUUAACAUCCGCUUAACACCAACUGGAAAAGCAAUUCCCAUCCGCCUCUUCUUGACCAAUGAGUCUGGUUAUUACUUGGACAUCAGUCUAUAUAAGGAAGUGACAGACUCCAGGACAGCACAGAUCAUGUUCCAGGCAUAUGGAGACAAACAGGGACCACUGCAUGGAAUGUUGAUCAAUACUCCCUAUGUGACCAAAGACCUGCUACAAUCCAAGAGGUUCCAAGCACAAACUUUAGGGACGACAUAUAUUUAUGAUAUUCCAGAAAUGUUCCGGCAGUCUCUGAUAAAACUCUGGGAAUCUAUGUCAGCUCAAGCAUUCCUGCCAGCCCCACCACUGCCUUCUGAUAUGCUGACUUAUACUGAGCUGGUGUUGGAUGAUCAAGGUCAGCUGGUGCACAUGAACAGGCUUCCAGGAGGAAAUGAGAUUGGCAUGGUAGCCUGGAAAAUGACUCUGAAGAGUCCUGAGUACCCAGAAGGACGAGAUAUCAUUGUUAUUGGAAAUGACAUCACCUAUCGAAUUGGGUCCUUUGGACCUCAAGAAGAUAUGCUAUUUCUGAGGGCUUCUGAGCUUGCCAGGGCAGAGGGUAUCCCUCGCAUUUAUGUGGCAGCUAACAGUGGAGCGAGAAUUGGAUUGGCAGAGGAAAUACGCCACAUGUUCCAUGUGGCGUGGGUGGAUCCUGAUGAUCCUUACAAGGGAUACAAGUAUUUAUAUUUGACUCCUCAAGAUUUUAAGAGGGUCAGUGCCCUGAACUCUGUUCACUGUGAGCAUGUGGAGGAUGAAGGGGAAUCCAGGUAUAAGAUAACAGAUAUUAUUGGAAAGGAAGAAGGACUUGGGGCUGAGAACCUCAGGGGUUCUGGGAUGAUUGCUGGAGAAUCCUCAUUGGCAUAUGAUGAGAUCAUCACCAUCAGCCUGGUAACUUGCCGGGCCAUUGGAAUUGGAGCUUAUCUAGUCCGAUUGGGGCAGAGGACCAUCCAGGUUGAGAACUCAUAUUUGAUUCUGACCGGAGCUGCAGCCCUCAACAAAGUGCUUGGGCGUGAAGUAUAUACAUCUAAUAACCAGCUCGGAGGCAUCCAGAUUAUGCACAACAAUGGAGUGACUCACAGUACUGUAUGUGAUGACUUUGAAGGGGUUCUUACAGUCCUACAUUGGCUGUCUUAUAUGCCCAAGAAUGUGCGCAGUCCAGUUCCUCUUCUUAACUCCAAGGAUCCCAUCGAUAGAAUCAUUGAAUUUGUCCCUACAAAGGCCCCCUAUGAUCCCCGCUGGAUGCUGGCAGGACGUCCUCACCCAACCCAGAAAGGUCAGUGGCUAAGUGGAUUCUUUGACUAUGGUUCCUUCUCUGAGAUCAUGCAGCCUUGGGCACAGACAGUUGUGGUUGGUAGAGCCCGGCUAGGCGGUAUACCUGUAGGAGUAGUUGCUGUAGAAACCAGAACAGUGGAGCUCAGUAUCCCGGCUGAUCCCGCCAACCUGGACUCUGAGGCCAAGAUAAUUCAGCAGGCAGGGCAGGUUUGGUUUCCAGACUCUGCUUUUAAGACCUAUCAAGCUAUCAAGGACUUCAACCGGGAGGGACUUCCCCUCAUGGUCUUUGCCAACUGGAGAGGCUUCUCUGGUGGAAUGAAAGACAUGUAUGACCAGGUCUUGAAGUUUGGAGCUUACAUCGUGGAUGGUUUACGUGAAUGCUGUCAACCGGUGAUGGUUUACAUCCCUCCCCAAGCUGAGCUCCGGGGAGGAUCCUGGGUUGUUAUUGAUCCCACCAUUAACCCCCGGCACAUGGAAAUGUAUGCUGACCGGGAAAGCAGAGGAUCUAUUCUGGAGCCAGAGGGGACAGUAGAAAUCAAAUUCCGCAGAAAGGAUUUGGUGAAAACUAUGCGUCGGGUGGACCCAGUGUACAUCCGCCUGGCCGAGCGAUUGGGCACCCCAGAGCUAAGCCCAGCUGAGCGGAAGGAGUUGGAGAGCAAACUGAAGGAACGGGAAGAAUUCCUCAUUCCCAUUUACCACCAGGUAGCUGUGCAGUUUGCUGACUUGCAUGACACACCGGGCGGGAUGCAGGAAAAGGGUGUCAUUAAUGACGUUCUAGACUGGAAAACAUCCCGCACCUUCUUCUACUGGCGCCUGAGGCGGCUGCUCUUGGAGGACUUAGUGAAGAAGAAGAUCCACGCAGCCAAUCCGGAGCUGACAGACGGCCAGAUCCAGGCCAUGCUUAGGCGCUGGUUUGUGGAGGUGGAGGGAACAGUGAAGGCUUAUGUCUGGGACAACAACAAGGACCUGGUGGAGUGGCUGGAGAAGCAGCUGACAGAGGAAGAUGGUUUUCGUUCGGUGGUUGAUGAAAACAUCAAGUACAUUUCAAGAGAUUACAUCCUCAAGCAGAUCCGCAGCUUGGUGCAGGCCAACCCUGAGGUUGCCAUGGAUUCUAUCAUCCACAUAACCCAACACAUCUCACCAACUCAGCGGGCGGAAGUGGUUCGGAUUCUCUCCACAAUGGACUCUCCUUCAGCGUAGGAAGAGCUCCUGCCCUGCCCUGCCCCUGUCUCUAUAAAGUGAAAAGGGCCAGAGCUGCCUUUUGUGACUCAACUGUGACCACUGCCCUGAAAGCACAGAACAGAUGCAGCACUGGAGUGAAUGGGGCUUUUUUUCUCCCCUUGGACUUUGUCUGGUUAUGUGGGACAUGCUGGGAAAAACCCAAGAGAGAUUACUACCUACAAUGUUUAUUUAACAGAGAUGAGAAGGCCUCCCUCUUUUGCCGCAUGGGGAAUGAGAAGACAAUGAAGGGCACGGAUCAUGCCAUGAGGUCUUACUAAAAUGAAGACAAGGUUUUUAUUCCCUAACUGACCCAUACCAGUCCUCCCCCAUUCCUCAUUGGCAGAGUUCUAGGCAGUCAGAAGACCAACCUCCUACUCCCAACCCCACCCCCCAGCCUUAUGAGCCUGUGCCCUCAGUUCAGUAGUGGAGGGCUGGGAAGGGCGUGAGGCCAAUGGUGCAAGCAGCAAGCUUUGGGAAAAGAAGAAAGCCCUCUCCCAGGGGAUCCCAGCCCAUUUGUCCCCCAGGCCCUGGGAUUAGAGGGAGUGUCAUCCCUAGUUAAAGGGCACCAAGACACUUGUUUAACAAGUAAUCAGUGGAGUUUGAAAAUUAAGCGAGUUCUUGGGUGAGUUAUGGGCAGUAGUGAUCAAGAAAAUGGAACAGUGGUUAUCCUUAAAGUAGAGGGUCUGAACUAGAUCUUUUCAGAACAAAUGGGUGGAAGACCGGCUAAGCCAAGAUCCUGGCUCAUCUUAUUGCUCUGUCCUGUCUUGCCUUUGGGAAGAACAGUGCCAGCAUCGUGUGGAGGCUCUGGGCUUCUGCCAAGGGACUAUGUGGGCUGCUUACUAGUAUAGCCAGAGGGUAAACCUGUAGUGCCAUUUAUUGGAUUUAACUUGCCUGCCCUUUACUGUCUCUCAACACAAAUUCUAGUUGCUUAAGCCAUAGAGAAGGGGCUAAUUCUGGCCAUUUCAGGGUACGGGAGGUCUUUACUAUUAAGCCUGGAGCUUUGAUAGUUGCAAGUUAAUUUUCUGGUGUAUUUCCAAUGCAGUUGUAAUUAGCUUUUCUAGUAGCAGGCAUUUGCCACCAUUUCCUUCAGUCCUGAGUCCUAGUACCUGGCUUGUCUUUUCUUGUAUCUCUCUGCCAUCAGGAUCGGAAGGAAGUGACUGACCAGCAAGUGCUUUCCACCCCUCUAGUGCCCUGCUUAUUAACGUGACUGCCCCCUUAGCUGUGCCCCGGUCACCGGGGAUGACCGUGAUUCUCAAGUGCUGGCAAAGCUGUCCAAUGAAACUGGGACCCACAUGACCUUAAUUAGUAGCAUUUACAGCUCAGUUAUGGUGCUGCUGUCUUCUGUGGCCUCCUCAGCCAGCUGUAGGGGCAUACUGAGGGGUGGAGAAAAAGAUAUUUAUUAUCCACAAGUAGCUAAUUUAAGAAAAGAACUUAACUCUCUAUCCUUAUGUGCUCCAUUAGCACUAUUCAGCCAAUCUUAACCUAGCCCAGAAUGUGUUGGGAGCCUGGAAGCAGGGCAGCAGCUGCUUUUUUCUUGAGAGUUAAUUGCACCUGGCAUUGUUUACAAACAAGAGAAGCCCUAAGACAUCUUUUGCCAUGCAGUUUUUAUAGAAAGCUGCAGUUUUGAGCCUUAACUCUAUAGCUGACAGACAGAAAAAGCUCUGGCCCUCCCUGGAAAUGCAGCCUGCAGACAGUCAAGUUCGCCCCUCAUUCUGAAUCAUAGGCUCACUCUUUAAUGCCUAAAUGAAUCAAAUAGAGUGAAGUAUGUUAAUGUAUCUAUUACCUGGGCUAUAAAGGAAAGGUUACCAGUCUGGGAGACGAGAAGUCCAGCAUGACCAAGACAGGGAGAACUAAAGGCAAGAAGCCCCUGAGUCAUCAGACGUGGCCUGCCAAGAGCUGCUUUCAGCUUUUGGGUUUUGACCAGAUAAGAGAGAGAUACAAUUACCACUACAUUUGUCUGCAGUAACUAUACUUCCCUGCACCUGCAGGCAGUGUUAAAUGCUACAGCAGUCUUCAGCAACUCUCUUGGACAACAGCAUCGUCUCAGUGAUUGUGCAAGUUACUUCUGUGACCACCCUGCUAGCAAACAGACCCAUUUUUUUUUGUAGGCCCCCAAUUACUGCCCCGUUUCAAGGAGAAAGAAGGGCCUUGUUCAAAGUGAGUGAACUAAUGCCUGCUUCCUUGAGCUCCUCUCUCUGGGCAGUAUCUUUCCAUAGGGACCAUAGCCAAGAAGUGUCUCAACUUGUGGCGAGUCAGAUAUUUUUACUGUGCUACACAGAUACAAGCUUACUGAGGCAAGAGGAGUAGAAAGGAUGUAUUGACCAGGUUUUGCUUGAACUGAGGUUGUUAUGUUAUCAUUUCACUCUGUUCACAAAUCAACAUUUACUUGUCUCAACUAAUAAUCCAGUGGAUGAAGACCCUGAGGUGAACCAGGGGCUUCAGGCAAAUGCCCCUUCUGCACCCCUCCCCCAUGGUGAUGAAAUAAACCUCCCCAUUUCUAGCUUAAUCACAACUUGUAUUUUAUCCCAAUCCCAUCCUCAAGUCUUCACUUUUCUCAAUUCCAUUUUCAGCUGGUGAGAGGGUGUGCUGGGUUGGGAGGGAUAUCAGUGAGAGUUAGCAUUGGGAGUUCUGUUGAGGCGCCACACCUCUUUUAAGCCCUCAGCUGCCCUCUCAUUCACAUAAGGAUACCACAAACCUGUUUUGCUUUGGGGUUUUUUUUUUUUGGCUA